AUGGGGAAGACUCGUAAUAGGGUUAGUUUAGUUUGUUCUUUCUGUAAAAAAAGAAAGAUCAAAUGUAACAAAGGUCAGCCUUGCUCGACAUGUAUUAAAUAUGGCAAUCUUGAUUGUAAAUAUGAAAUCAAUUUGACGAAAGAUAAAUUAGACUAUAUCAAAGAAUUAAAUCAAUUGAAAGUGAAAUUACAUCAAUUGAAUAAUAAAGAGAAUAUAAGGAUAAGUAAAAAAUUAGUUAAUCCGUAUAUUUUCCAUGAAACUUCGAAUCCUAAUAAUGAAUCGUCGACUCAUCCUCUUCAAAGAUUUCACAUCAGUGAUAAAAUGGAUUUGAAUAAUGUAAUACUUGGUAAGAAUAAGAAUGACAAGAUUGAUUUGUUUCAAUUGAAUCGAAAUAUCAACAGUUUUUACUUUGUUAAAAAUUAUCGUCGAAAAUAUAUGGAAUCAUUGAGUUAUUACUAUUUAUGUAGUAAUGAUGAACAUGUUUCAUUGAUUUUCCAGUACUUGAUUAACUUGAAACAUCUUCAUAAUUUCAACUUAUACGUUGCUGAAAAUGAAGAUCAAGCUUUUUUCGAAAAAAAGAGUAAUCUUCUACAGUCAAGAUUUGAAACUAUAAAUUUGAAUGAAAUUCAAUUCAUGCUCCCAAAUUUGGAUAGUAUACUCAAGAUCGUAGAUAUUUUCUUUGAAAGAUAUUAUUGUAUUUGGCCAUUCCUUGAUGAAGUAGAUUUCAAAACAAAAUUGAAAACAUUAAUUUCUCCAGAAGGAAUAAUCCUUAUUAAUGAUGUAUUGGACUAUGCCAACUUGGGAAUUCUACUUUUGUUAUUAAAGAUGGUCAAUUCAUUUGAAAACUUCAUGAUUAUUGACUCUAGGAAUCAAUAUUUAGACAUUGCAUUGAAUAUUUAUAAUCAGAAAUUCAACAUCAUUUCUGAUAACAACUUGACAGUUUGCCAAUUACUAUUAUUCAUUGAAAUUUGUAUUAUAGUAUUACCCAUGGAGGGAAGUAGUGAAAAUGAUUUAAAGCAUGUCCAGAGUUCAUUAAUUGCCAUUUGUAAUCACAUGGGAUUUCAUUUGGAACCGAAUAAUUUUCAAGAAAUACUUAAGAAUGCCAAACAAAAUAAUUUACAGAGGAAAAUCUGGUAUUUUGUUGUUUACUUGGAAAUCCUUCUAUUUUUAACACAUGGAAGACCCUUUACCAUUCAAUUAAAUUCUUUCAAUGUUGACAUACCCCGUUAUGAAGAAGGUAUUGAAAAUGUAGUCGAUGUUGAUAUUGAAAAGAAAGCAAUGGCAUUUUAUAAUGGCUUCAAAGAGAUCUGGUUCCCAAUGAUAGAAAUUAGUUACAGAUUAUCAGAUAUGGUCAACACUUCCAUCAAUUUUGAUUCAUUGAUAUCAAUACUUGAAGACAUUGAAGUGAAUUUUAUUAAAUCUUUCAAAUUAGACAAUUGGGAAAAUGUCCACCAUCAAAAUGUUAUAACAUUCAUAACAGUAUUUAAUUUCUUGAUUUCCAUUUACUAUAACAUUUUUAUUUAUCUAGAAGAUAAAAAAUCAUUCGAACUAGCAUUUUUUUAUUUGAAAAAAAUUUGGAUACUAAUCUUAAACAUUUUUGUUCCGUUUGUUAAAGAUUAUAUCGCCAAUGCUCCACCUAUGUCGAAACAUCACUUUACUCCUGUUGUUAGCAAAGUACUUUCCAAAUUAACCGUCAUCAAAAAUGGUUUACUAAUCAGGUUUAAAAGACACCUUAUGAGUUCUUUCCAACAAAAGUAUGCCAUAUUGAUUGGUUUGAUUGUGAAGUUCGACGAUUUGUUGAAUUCAUGUUUCUUAUCCUUCCCUGACUAUUUCUAUGCUUGGAAAUUACUUAGAGGUGAAAAGGUGUUGAUGAAAUUUAUUCUUCAAGACCUGACUUACAGUUUAGUCUCCAAGGAAAAUAAAAGAAUGUCAAACUUCAGAUUCAAUGACGAUAUGGUCGAUGAACUCGUUUCCAUAUUUAGUCACUUCAAUCCUAUCAUCAUACCUGAACCACGAGAUAACAUGAAUAGUAAUGGUGCCUUUACCAAAGAAUUUGAAAUAUUCUGGACUAAAGUUUCAAAUCAAACUCCACAUUCCAUUGAUGGCCCCCAUAGUGGUAAUAAGCAUGCAAACAAUGCAAAUGACCAAGGCAUUUCCAAACCAGACGAUUACUUAGAUGAGCUAUUCCUGAUAGAUAAUGUUUUUGACUUCUCCAAAUCAUUCAAUCCUAUGCAUUAA